CAGCGCCAGAACCCAACCCGGAACGUUUAGUUAGACGUCCCAGCCUCCCGACUUCCGGUUCCGGUUUCUGGGCUCUGCUGGCUGCCUUCACUAUGGAAGAACCUGAGAUGCAGUUGAAGGGAAAGAAAGUCACAGACAAGUUCACCGAGAGUGUCUAUGUCCUUGCCAACGAGCCAUCAGUGGCCCUGUACCGGCUACAGGAACAUGUGCGCCGUUCACUGCCAGAGCUGGCCCAGCACAAGGCUGAUAUGCAGAGAUGGGAAGAACAGAGCCAGGGCGCCAUAUACACCGUGGAAUAUGCCUGCAGUGCUGUGAAGAGCUUGGUGGACAGCAGUGUGUACUUCCGGAGUGUGGAAGGCCUGCUCAAACAGGCCAUCAGUAUCCGGGACCACAUGAACACCAGUGCCCAGGGCCACAGCCAUGAGGAGCCAUCCCCUCCUCCUUCCCUGACCCGACGCUGACCCUGGAAGACUCAGGGCCACCGGCUUCCCCACCCAGCUCCCUGUCUCCCAGUCCUGGCAGAAGAGGUUCCUUGGACACCACGUUGAGGACUCACCAAGAACUGAAGACCUAGCAAGGUGGCCAGUGCCUGCUGCCUACUGGUUCAGUCAUAGUUGUCCCCGUUGGUCAUAAACUAGGGCCACUGUUCCAGUAGCACUCACAUGACAAUCUUUGUGCACUGACACUGAAUGUCCAGAAGUCAUCUCCUUCCAUGCUGGGGUCACAUAACCUGCAUCAUGUCACACAGCUGAA